GUCCUGCUGAUUGGAGGACAAGUACGGAGCGGGUUGUUCUUUUGGCUUUGUUAGGCGACCGGCCAUCGAUCUGGACGGAGUGGCUAAGGCUGCUGGUCAGCAAUUGUCAAAGAGGAGACGAAGGAACAAGGGAGAGCGUGAGAUUGACGGGGCCUGGUGAGUCUGGACGGAGGAUUAUGGUGCGGCGGAUGCGCAGUAGCCUCACUCGGGAUGGAGCAAGGCGAUCAACCCCACCGAAGCUGUGCGUUCCAUUGCAUGGACUGGGGCUGGCGGGCUGGACUGUUGCAAAGGGCAUACCUCGAUUCUCAGCCUAUGCACUGCUCAGACUAUGAUGCGCCCGCUCGGGGUGGCAGCGGUGGCGGAGCGGAGCGGAGCGGAGCAGUCGUGACAGGAUGUCGGAGAGAAACUGCUGGCAGCAGGACGAUGGCGAAAGUGGCCUGAGACGGUCGUGAUGGCCGAGCUUAUCACGGGCUACUCUCUCUUCUGCCACAGCGUCGGCGUCGGCGGCAGGCAAAGGGCAGAGAGCGCAGCACGCUACGCUGCACACGAAAACGAGACGAACAGUGGUCAAACGGAUGAUUGGAAGACAGCAGACAAUGCGACCAGGAUUUCGUGGUAAGGCGAGAAACGCUGCAGCACCGCAAAGGUUGUUGGUUCUUCGAAGCGUACAGCUGCCGCGCCUCGCUGAUGGCAUGCUGAUAAAUCCAGCGGAGGCCCCCCAAGUCGCAUAGCUUUGACGUCCACUGC